UUGGGUUAAUCCGGUUAUGCAGAAGCCCAAGGAAUCAGGGCCAAACAGAUACACAUCGACCAUUUCCGACGAUCGCCAGAACGUCUCGGCUUCUGCACAAGUAUAACGUUUUCACUCUCUGUGACUUUGCCGUCGCUUACCUAAUGAUAGCCUGAGUUUCUUUCACAGCCUUUGAGCUAGGCGACUAUCGUAACUAUGACCUCCAUCACCUCCAUCGAAUUGAAUUACCUCGUAUUCCGUUACCUUCAAGAGUCAGGCUUUACGCAUUCUGCAUUUACUUUAGGAUAUGAAGCAGGCAUUAAUAAGUGUACUAUUGAUGGGAAUUUGAUUCCCCCUGGGGCUCUUAUUACAUUUGUUCAAAAAGGACUUCAGUACUUGGAGAUGGAAGCCAACAUGAGUAAUAAUGAUGUAGAAAUGGAUGAAGAUUUCUCAUUCUUGCAACCUUUGGAUAUAAUAACAAAAGAUGUAAAUCAAUUGCGGCAAAUGAUAAAAGAGAAAAGAAAGAAUAUCCAAAAGGAUAAAGACAAAGACAAAAACAAAGAUAAAGAUAAAAAUAAAGAUAGAGUGGUUGAUCGGGAGCAUGAAGCAGAGCGCGGACGAGUAAGAGAGAAAGAAAGACACGAAAAAGAGGAGCGUGAAAAGGAAAGGGAGAAGGCUGAAAGCAAUAAGGAGCCUGAAAAGCAGCCUGAGGAACUUGCUGAUGGAGAUAUGGUUAUGGAUCAAGAGGACAAGGAUGCCAUUGGGCAUGAAGAAAAUGGAACUUCUAUAGUAGGACCAGAACCUAUGGAUAUUGCUACUACGUCAACCCAAGCAUCACAGGAGGCUUGUGAAAUUCCUGGCUCUGAUGUUACAAUUUUGGAAGGGCACACUUCUGAGGUUUGUGCGUGUGCAUGGAGUCCAACUGGUUCACUUCUUGCUUCAGGGUCUGGAGAUUCAACGGCUCGUAUUUGGACAAUAGCUGAUGGGCUUUGCAAAUCUGGUGCACAAAACAGUCCAUUAAAUGUUCUAGUGCUGAAGCAUGUAAAAGGAAGAACCAAUGAGAAGAGCAAAGAUGUGACAACACUUGAUUGGAAUGGUGAGGGAUCAUUGCUUGCAACAGGUUCAUAUGAUGGCCAGGCUAGAAUUUGGACUACAAAUGGAGAACUAAGGUCUACUUUGAGUAAGCACAAAGGACCUAUAUUUUCUCUGAAGUGGAACAAGAAGGGUGAUUAUCUUCUUACGGGGAGUUUUGAUAAAACGGCAAUUGUGUGGGAUGUAAAGGCAGAGGAAUGGAAACAGCAGUUUGAGUUUCACACAGGUCCAACCCUUGAUGUUGAUUGGUGCAACAAUGUUUCAUUCGCGACAAGCUCCACUGACCAUAUGAUAUAUGUUUGCAAGAUCGGGGAAAUCCGCCCUAUUAAAACCUUUGCCGGGCAUCAGGGUGAAGUAAAUUGUGUCAAAUGGGAUCCAACAGGUUCAUUAUUAGCCUCUUGUUCUGAUGAUAUUACAGCAAAGAUAUGGUGUAUGAAGCAGGACAAGUAUGUUCAUGAUCUGAGGGAGCAUUCUAAGGAGAUAUAUGCCAUCAGAUGGAGUCCUACUGGGCCUGGGACAAACAAUCCUAACCAACAGUUAACUCUUGCAAGUGCAUCAUUUGACUCCACUGUGAAGCUGUGGGAUGUGGAACUUGGGAAACUUCUCUACAGCUUGAAUGGACACAAGGACCCUGUAUACUCUGUUGCAUUUAGCCCUAAUGGAGAGUAUCUGGCCAGUGGAUCUCUUGAUAAAUCCAUGCAUAUUUGGUCCUUAAAAGAUGGGAAGAUUGUAAAGACGUAUACUGGCAAUGGGGGUAUAUUUGAAGUGUGUUGGAACAAGGAAGGUGACAAGCUUGCUGCUUGUUUCGCAAACAAUACACUAUGCGUCUUAGACUUCAGAAUGUAAUAACCAGAAUAUCACUCCAUUCCUUGAAUUCAAGCAACUUGUAUUGAAAGACGGUAUGUUGUGUGCUCGUCAAUAAUUUUUAUGUAUAGGUACCUACGUAUUUUUGGUUUGAAUGAUUAGGGAAAACUGUAACUAGGGUAGGCUGGCAUUUUCGUGGAUUAGGCCAUUACUAACUAAAUUAAUGGCUAGUUUGGCAGUGCUUUUGAAAAAUGUUGUGUAAAAGUGCUUGUAAGAAGUACUUUUGAAAAGUUUGGUUUAAAAUUUGAGUGUUUAGCAUUGCUGUCAGAAA